AGCCGUCAGACAGCGUUACAGCACGCACGGAGAUGAGAAGGGCUGCUCCAGGCCGGACUCUCUUGUCGGGUGACCCGCACUCCUUCCCAGGGGCCAUGGAGGAGGAAGGGCAGCAGAGCUUGGAAUGUAUCCAGGCCAAUCAAAUCUUCCCCAAGAAGUCCCCCGUUCUUGAGGAGGAAAACAUGCAGGUGCCCUUUCCUGAGCUGCAUGGCGAGUUCACAGAGUAUGUGGGGAGAGCAGAGGAUGCCAUCAUCGCAAUAUCUAACUACCGCCUACACAUCAAGUUCAAAGAGUCCGUUGUCAACAGUUGUUGUUGUGAGGUGUCAGUUCCUCUUCAGCUCAUAGAGAACUCGGAGUGUCGGGAUAUGUUCCAGCUUCAUGUCACCUGCAAGGACUGUAAAGUCGUCAGGUGCCAGUUCUCCACCUUUGAGCAGUGUCAGGAAUGGCUAAAACGCCUGAACGCAGUAGUGCGCCCUCCCUCCCGCCUGGAGGACCUCUUCUCCUUCGCCUUCCACGCCUGGUGCAUGGAGGUAUAUGCCGGCGAGAAGGAGCAGCACGGCGAGCUAUGCAGACCAGGCGAACACGUGACCUCCUGGUUCAAGAACGAGGUGGAGAGGAUGUGCUUUGACACUCAAAACGCCUGGAGGAUAUCGGACAUCAACAGCAAGUUCAGGCUUUGCCCCAGCUAUCCCCAGCAGCUCCUGGUGCCAGCCUGGAUCACUGACAAGGAGCUGGAAAAUGUGGCAGCCUUCCGCUCCUGGAAGAGGUUUCCUGCUGUGGUUUAUAGGCACCAGACCACGGGAGCUGUGAUUGCCCGCUGCGGCCAGCCAGAGGUCAGCUGGUGGGGCUGGAGGAACGCAGAUGAUGAGCACCUGGUCCAGUCCAUCGCCAAGGCCUGCGCCGUGGACAGCAGCUCCCGCAAACACCUUUCCAACGGCAGCUACACCAACGGCAACGACCUGCCUGAUACUGACUUUGAAUCCUCCAUGACCAACAGCGCAGAGGUGGAGACGUUGGCUACCCAGCCCCACAAGUUACUGAUUCUGGAUGCCAGGUCCUACGCUGCUGCCGUAGCUAACAGGGCCAAGGGGGGAGGCUGUGAAUGCCCAGAGUACUAUCCCAACUGUGAGGUGGUGUUUAUGGGCAUGGCCAACAUCCACUCCAUCCGCAAGAGUUUCCAGUCUCUGCGUUUCCUCUGCACUCAGAUGCCUGAUCCGGCCAACUGGCUGUCUGCACUGGAGAGCACCAAGUGGCUGCAGCACCUGUCCCUGCUGCUGAAGGCGGCGCUGCUGGUGGUGAACGCUGUGGACCGAGACCACAGGCCUGUCCUGGUGCACUGCUCUGACGGCUGGGACCGCACACCUCAGAUCGUAGCUUUGUCCAAGCUGCUGCUGGACCCUUACUACCGCACUGUGGAGGGCUUCCAGGUUUUGGUGGAGACUGAUUGGCUGGACUUCGGCCAUAAGUUUGCCGACCGCUGCGGCCAUGGAGAAAACUCUGAGGACCUGAACGAGCGCUGCCCCGUCUUCCUGCAGUGGCUGGACUGUGUUCACCAGCUGCAGAGGCAGUUCCCAUGCUCCUUUGAGUUUAACGAGGCCUUCCUGGUGAAACUGGUGCAGCACACCUACUCCUGUCUUUUCGGCACCUUCCUGUGUAACAGCGGCAAGGAGAGGGAGGACCGUCACGUUCAGGAGAGGACCUGCUCAGUCUGGUCACUGCUGAGACCGGCCAACCGCACUCUGAGGAACAUGCUGUACUCCACACACUCCGAGAUAGUUCUUCACCCAGUGUGUCAUGUACGCAACCUGAUGCUGUGGACGGCUGUCUACCUGCCCAGUUCCUCCCCCACCACCCCCUCCGAUGAAUCCUGCGCCCCCUACCCUGUGCCGGGUUGCAACCCUGAGGACGCGCCCUUGGGCAGACGUACGAAGACUCGCUCCUUCGACAACUUGCCCAGUGCAUGUGAGCUGGGAAGCUCGCUGGCUCCUAACCGCCGCUCCAGUGACCCGAGUCUCAAUGAGAAGUGGCAGGACCACCGGCGCUCUCUGGAGCUCAACAUGGCAGUGGGGCCUGAGGGAGGGGGAAACCAGGAUCAGGAGGUGCGGCCUAACGGAGUGGGGCCUUACCCAGACGGAGUGGACUCUGAGCUGGAAGACAGCCCACAGCCCCAGGGCUCGCAUGCUGAGCUCGGACAGGAAGCCUCUGCGAGCACCGCUGAAACCGGGGCGGACGCUGAGAAGGCGGAGCUCUCUGUGGCGGUGGGCGUGGCUGAGGGCCAGAUGGAGAACAUUCUUAAGGAAGCCACUAAGGAGGAGGCGGGAGCAGAUGUUCAGAGAGAGGGAAGUGCUGCUGUCACACAUGUCAUCAACACUGUUGACACAGAAUUCCAGAAGGAAGCAAAAGUUCAAGAGGAUGACGAGUGUGCUAAGGUCAAUGGGACUGAGAUGCAGAGAGAAGCGUUUACCAAUGGUCACCAUCUAGAAAAUGGCGUAAUGGAGGCAGAGGAGGUUGAUGAGUCUCCCCCUCUGCCCACACAGAAGGCAGAGGAGCUGGAUCAACAGGCAGCUGAGGUGACUCAGUCACCAGAGGACCUGGUGAAGCAGGACGCAGAGAACUGUUCUGUACCAGAGGAGCUUGCACAUGGACCCAGCGAGUCCAGCUCAGGUGAGCCCGAGCAGCCUGCAGCCCAUAGAACUAUAACAAACGGCUUUGUGGACAGGUCACCUGAAGAGCCAGGAGUGGAUGAGGAGACCAGCCCUGACUCUGAAUCUGACAACGGUGUCUCCGAGCCAGUGGAGCAGGGGGAUAAGAGGGCCUCCCUGAUGGAAAGCUCCACAGAGACUUUAACUGAAGAAGCCUGUAGCAGGUUGGAGCUACCAGCACAGCCGCCGGUUUGUCCCAGUCAUCAGCCCUGCAGUGAUGGCAGGAACCAACCGCCCUGCUCCAGGAAGGAGAAAGGACUGGAGACAGGCGAACAAGGCUUUAUCAGAACUUUAAACGGGGGCAGCAAGCGGCCCUCUGUCAGUGCCUUUCAGUCUGUGAGUGCUGACCUCAACAGGGAAGGGCUUUGUAACGGCGAGAGGCCCUGA